AUGCCGACCACUGCUCAGCCACUAAAAGAAUCGUUCGAUACAGAUAUUAUCACUCUUCCCAGAUUCUUGCUGGAAUCACAAAAAUGUGCCAAGAAUGCUACUGGGGAGUUCACUCUUUUACUCAAUGCAUUGCAAUUUGCCUUUAAAUUUAUUUCUCAAACCAUUAGACGUGCUGAAUUGGUUCAUUUGAUCGGGUUAGCAGGUGCCUCGAACUCAACCGGUGAUGAACAAAAAAAAUUGGAUGUUUUGGGUGAUGAAAUCUUUAUCAAUGCAAUGAAGGGCAGUGGGAAUGUAAAAGUACUUGUCUCUGAAGAACAAGAAGAUUUGAUCUUAUUUCCAACUGCAAAUGGCACUUAUGCGGUUUGUUGUGAUCCAAUUGAUGGAUCUUCGAACUUAGACGCAGGUGUCUCGGUUGGUACGAUCGUUUCCCUCUUCAAAUUGCUCCCAGACUCUACUGGUACCAUCAAGGAUGUAUUGCGUAGUGGUCGUGAAAUGGUCGGUGCGUGUUAUGCCAUGUACGGAGCUUCAACCCAUUUGAUGCUUACCACGGGUCAGGGUGUAGAUGGUUUUACACUAGAUACAAAUCUGGGAGAGUUCAUUUUGGUAUAUCCAGAUUUGCAAAUUCCACCACAGAGAUCCAUCUAUUCUAUAAACGAAGGUAAUUCGUAUUAUUGGGAUGAAGCGAUUGUUAGCUUUAUCGAAAUGUUGAAGAGACCACCACAGAACAAGAAACCAUACUCUGCAAGGUAUGUGGGUUCCAUGGUUGCAGAUGUGCACAGAACUUUCCUAUAUGGUGGUCUUUUCGCCUAUCCUGCAGAUCAAAAAGCCAAGAGCGGUAAAUUGCGUUUGUUAUACGAAGCUUUCCCUAUGGCUUUCCUUAUGGAACAAGCUGGCGGUAUUGCAAUAAACGACCGCGGUGAGAGAAUCUUGGAUCUUGUUCCUGAGCAUAUUCAUGAUAAGACCUCAAUCUGGUUAGGUUCACCAGAUGAAAUCAACCAGUAUUUAAGACAUAUUGGUAAGCCGGAAUUAUAA